AUGGUUUGCACGGUGAUGCCUCAGCCGUACCUCGCGGCUAGACUCGGGGACGAGAGCGGCGCAACCGCCGGUCUCCCGGCCUCCGGCUCGGACGGUUGCUGGCACCCCGUAAUUGCCGGUGCUCUUUGCGCCGUCAUCGGGGUCGCCGGCAUGAUCGGAGGACUCUCGCUCGGAACGAGGUCCAGCUCCAGCGCGUAUUGCAAGAGCGUUUGCUAGUCUUUAGCUGCAAGCGUAAUCUAUGCUGGAAGCGCGGCGGGGGGGGUUGGGGCUGGUGCUGUCGAGCCGGCGUUCUCUGAGUACCGUUACGUGCACCACCACCCCCCUCAAGAUGCCGAAUACCUCACGGCGCUUCGCGCUUGGUGAUGUGAGAGCCUGGUCCGGCGAGAACCCGACGUGCUCCGUCCCUGCUUUCCAGGGGUGCGAGGUCAAUGGUCUAAUAACGGCUAAUACGGCAUGCGCGACUGUGAGUGCACCCUCCCCCUAGAGUUCCGUGUUGGCCGUUCGAUCUUCGAGUAGUCGAGAGGAGGCGGCAGUGAAGGGGAGUCAACGAGUAGUGCUUUGCUUUUUUAUUUUUAUUUUGGGGUGUUUGGGACCAGUUUAGAAACGCGCUCAAGUUAUACACAACGGAGAGGGCGUGGCCAGAGACCUAUCCAUGCUGCCUGUGAGAGCCCUAUUAAUUUCGCGCAGGGAUUGAGUUGUUCGGGUAACAAUUUUGCGGUCGGUACAGAUGGUAACGUGCCUUUUUGUGUGUGUGUGACGAUGCGCGCACUGUGGGCGAUUUCAAUUGGUUUUGGGUUGCCCCUAGCGAUCGAAAAAAAUGAUGAUCGAAAAAGAUGAUGGGCAUAACUCUCUCUGGCGCCAGGUUGUACUGCGACUGAAAAAAAAAAAGAACGGUAGUGGGCUUCGUUAAACUAGGAAGAACAUGAAGGGUGAGCUUUUCACUUACAGGGCUAUUGCGUACCGGUACUUAAAACUGUGUUCAAGAUCGUGCAGAUUCCAGGCAAUGCUGGCUUUGCACGGAAGUUUUAGCUUGGCGGAAGUACGUCUUGAAUCGUCUCAUGCAUUUUUUUUUUUUUUUGCUUUGAAACAAUCUACCAGGACUCCGCCUUGUGUUCGUUUGUUUUUUUGCGGAGUCCGAGGGCUCCUUCUUUCCAGGAGAAGUGGUGAUGAGGUCUGUUUGAGAGUGUUGGGUUGUCCGCUGGGGAUAGGCGAAGGACGGGAGGGAGCGAGCGGUCCCUGCGGUUGUGGGCAGUCUCAAAUGUCUCAAUCGCAAGAGCCUGCAGUUAGCUGGCCACAAAGAACUGGGAUGACUGCUACAUUUGUGUAGGGUCAUGCGCGUAAGACUUAACAGUAGGUGUCGUCGUGUUUGCGUUGAUCGGUUGAAAUUCGCGGCAAUAUUGUCGCGGUAAAUACCUACCCGUGCGUGGUGCGUGGACCGGGGGCAACGUGCAGGAUCGCCAUACUUGUCCUGGAGUUGAGGUUACGUUUGCUAGUUAGCACGAGGUCGUUUGGAGCGUUCUUUGAUCCGGAAUGGGCGGCGCGAACGCCGUACGCCUUUAUCUCGUAUCUAGCCCCGUUGAGCGGUGAACAUUCAUUGUUGCGCGCCGGAGUACACGUUAAGGAAAUAGAUAAGAAGACUAUGUUUUCCCGGGUCGAAGCUAGCGCAGGCAUGGUGCUCUCUGCGUACCUCGGCCGUGAUGUGCGUGUACCGGUAUUGUGUUUUUUUCUCGCGUUGAGCAGCGUGGGUGGGUGUACCCUAGUCGAAGAUGCUAAGAGCGUGUGCAGCAUCCCGCCGUCCGUUGUGUCUGUCGCUCUUGAUUGUUGUAUGAUUGUUCUCGGUUGCUUUGUGGUGUUCAUGCCCUUUUGGAUUGUACUGCUGUAACGUGACGGCGCACGCGAACCGCUGCUUUUUGUCUUUCUCCCGGCAGGUUUUAGGUCAUAUGUUGUAAACGAAUAGUAACCCGUCGUCCGUGAUGUUGCUGGCCUGAAGGCUAUAAUGAAAGUCACUGAUUGGCGCGGCGUGACCUUUCGCUGCAGAGCUCUUGGUCAUUUUCGCGGAAAGUUGGGGUCAACGAGUACUGCUGUAUAUCAACGUCACCGCACGCCGAGGAGAGAAGAAAAAAAGUGCCCAUUUCUCUCGAGGGAAGGUGAACAUACUAUUUAGUGGUGAGGUUGCCCGUUUGCCCGGAACAUGCACGAUGUGGGGU